UUAACAUUAAAAUUAAAACCACAAGAUUCAUUAAUUUUAAGUGAAUUAAUUAAUUGUAUAAACGAUAAAAUUAAAGAUAUUGAAUUAGAAAUAAGUUAUAAAUCAACAAUUACUUGUUUUGAUUCAGAUCUUAUUAUUAAUUUAAUUAGUUCACAAAAAAAUCUCGAAAAAUUUCAUUAUAAAGAUGAUUCAGGAAAUUUAUUUAUUUAUCCAAUCAUAUUAAAAUUAAGGGAUCAUUCUCAUUCUAUAAAAAGUUUAACUUUAGAACAAAGUUGUAGUAUUGAUGUUGAUCUUUUUAGUAGUUUCGAAAAUUUUUAUAAUUUACAAGAAUUAAGUUUUAAAAAUUUUAAUUUCGAAGGAAAUCAUGAUUUAUUUUCAAAUAUUAAAUUUCCAAAGUUAAAAUCUUUAAGUUUUGAUGAUAUCAAAUCAAGAAAUCAACAAUAUAUGGCUUAUGUUUCUGAACCAAUUAUGAAUUUUAUACAAAAUCAUUCUACAAAUUUGAAUCAUCUUAGUAUGAAUGUAUUAGAUGUAAUUAUGAAAGAUACUUUUAAAACCAUUUCUCAAU